UAAGCACGUGGCUUGGGGAGUGUUGACGGGCUCAAAAUAAAAGCGCAGUUUCCCAACACACAGAAAACAAGAACACAAGAAGAGAGAAUGAAGCUUUCGGUGCGAGUAAGGGGCGAGUGGUUUGCAGUUCCCUGCAGCAGGGGGAAUGAAACUAUAGGUUGGCUAGGUGAAGAGGCACUCCGUCGGUACACGAGAAACAAAAGCGGAGCAGUUGAGCAUGAUUCCAACAAAAAUGUGACCGAGAUUGAAAAAGUAUUUGAAGUUCGUAAAACACAAGGAGGGGCCAUUCUCGAUCCUGCUGACCUAAUUAAAUCCGUGCUUGAUGACAACGAGUUUGUUUCAGUUGUAUUGGAAAGUGAUGUCUCCAGCCCAAUCACAGGCCCAGUGGAAGUUACCUACAUACCAGAGCAAGUUCCAGGCUCAUAUAUUCUACCCAAUGAGGUGAGUUCAUUUAGCAUGAAUGUAAUAAACUAACAACCAUGUCUUUUAAAGCUUUAUUUAAUUUUCAAAUAAGUAGUUAAAAAAAACAGUGAAUAUGUUACAGAAAAGUGACAUUUCUUUAUGUCUAACUGAACAUAUUCCCCUAUGUGUUUUAAUUUGAAAGUGAUAACUGUGCAUGCAUACCCUUCUAAAAGAAGUAUUGAGCAAGAAUUUAGUAAUUUAAAAUUUAGUAAACCACCGUGGACUUUUAAAAUUUCCAAAUUUUUGUGUAUCUUAACCUAAGAAUACAAGAAAAUGGCAUUGAAAAGGAAGUAUUGUUUGCACGUUUAAGUACAGAACCUGCUUAACCUACAUAUCAGCCAAUCAAUUGACAGCAUUUUAAGGUCAUUUAAUGUCUGGGUCCCUUACUUCAGACUGCUGUUUUUCUUUGGUCACCCUGCCUUCACCUCUCUAGCGACAAGCCAAUCCAUUUAACAAGAAUUAAUCAAUUUUACCAGAUUUUGGGUACAUAUAUCAUAAUUGUGUUUUGUUCUAUUUAUUAGAAUUAUUAAAUGCUGCAUUCUGCAAAUUAAAUCUCUAGAUCUGUCAGAUCAGAGAAAAACAGCAAAAUUUACUUUCAAAAGUGCAACUUUUAAACCAGGGUAGCGAUUUUAUGCAGUCACAUAUUUUUUGAAGAGACUUAAAGAAAUUCAUGUAAUCUUAACUCAAUAACUUACAUCAAAAUUUUAAUUGAUUUUUUUCUAUGCUUGCCUAUAGUAAACACUGCACCUCUUAUCUGACCUGAUCUGACCCAGCAUGACUUGAAAAUACGCGAAAAUACACAAUGUGUCCGAAUGGUUUGGGUAGGCUGUACCGGUAGUUGUGCUCAGUACACAGAAGUUAAUUGACAUUGUUCAUUGAUGUUGGUAUAAAGAGAGCUGAAGAUCUGUGCCAUGAAUCUGUUGUUUUUUUAGCUUUUAUUUCUUGAAAUCUGUUCUUUUCUCCCAUGUUUAGUCAAU